GCCCUGAGGGAAAGCGGAGGAAUGGUGUGUGCGUGUGUUUGGCAUAACUUUUCCAAGCUUUGUGUAAUCGAAUAGCACUUGACUCGUUACUGCGUGACAUUUUUAAGCAACUCAUUUUGAUUCAUUUGUGAGUCUUUUUAGUCUCUUUAAGGUUUAGGUCAGUAUAUCCAUCUACUUUCGUCAGUUGAUUUGCCUGUCCAAUCUGUACGAAGAACUCUUUUAGUUAAGUAAUUAUGUUUAGCAAUGAAGUAACUUUGUUUUCUCAAAUAGGUGUUAAGUAUUUCAUUAUAUGGCAUUUUUAAAUCAUGUAGCUUGAGAUGAUCCUAUUUCAGUCUUCAAUGUUACCUUGGUUUGCGUUGGAAUUAGCUGAAAGCCUGGCGCAUAUCAUACAGGCGCUAAAGGGUGCCUUUUGCAUCCUUAUCAAGUCCCCGCAGGUCACUGCCCAGGGAGUGAGACUAUGCUGGAAUUAUAAUGUGUGUAGCCAGACCUUUCUUUAUCGCUGACACAGCACUUUGGAGAAAGGUCUAGCUAUGUAAGACUAGCAAACGGCUUACUUCUUGCGCAUCAAGAAAAAACAGAACAACGUUGGCAUCCUCUUGGAAUAUUCUUCAUGCCCAUGGUCUUGUUGCCAUGGUUUGGUUUCUGUACUAAUGCAGGAAAUAUCUCUUUUUAGCUAGCUUAAUGUUUGACAUUCUUCACGUCAUUGUUUUGUCUCUGUGGCUCUUUCUAGCAGUGAAAUUUAAUUUUUUACUAGUAGCUGGCCAAGUUUUUUUUUACAAAGCACCAUUGUUUUGGUUUGGUGUUUGUCCAGUUAAGCCAGCUCACUCAAAUAAUAAACUAAAGCUGCUGAAAUUUAAAGCAGCAAAGCCGGAUGUUCUUCAAUUGUGUCAGCAGCGCGACGACACUUUCACAUAACUGGGAGUCAGUUGAUUAAAUGUCAAUAUAAACAUAUUACUCAAUGUAUCACAUUAGCUUAGCUUGGCUUAGUUUUAGCUUAACAAUAAGACAGUGCUUUCAAGCCAAGACCAAAACCACCCAGGUACAAGAUGGACUGAAUUUUGACAGUGGAAAAGUAAAACCGUUGAUGCUCAACAAGGACACAAAAAAACAUAAUGAAGAAAAAUUACUAUGAUGAUAUUUUGUUUUUUGUUCAUUGCUUUGACAGAGUUUGUCAAAGCAACUCAUGGCGAAGUAAAAGAAAACAAGAAGUUCAUCUUCAUGGGAUCUUUUUCAGCGUCUCCCCUCUGGCAGAAGCAGGACAGAAUGCCUUAACUAGAGUUUCUUCCCAAAAGUUGUGCAGUUGAUAAAUAGGCCAUACAGUCGGCCUAAAUUGUAAUUGUAUGUAAAGUCGUGUACUGUACUGUUUUUUUGCACCUUUGCCACAUUUGUACUAAUAUUAGUCUCAUUCCACUGACCUAGCCGUGUUGUAAUGAAAGAAACACAAACUUUCUGGGAUUCAAAAUGAAGUUUACCCCGUUUUUAAAGUGUAAAAACAUGUUGUUUUUAAUGCUGAAACAAGAUGCUGCUCGUUGAACUGGUCACACAUCUCCCUCUCCGCUAAUUGGGCCAGGAUACAUUUUUUAAAUUGUCAUAAGCAUGCAAAGCAAGGUAAAUACAGAUACUUGGUUAAGAAAGAAAAUCAUUAAAAUACAAGUUCAUUCAUAGACAUUUUGGGGGAAAAGUGACAUCAGUGAGUAGUUUUCACCAUUUUGCUGGUUUGACUUUUCGCACCAAGGCUCCCAGAUUUAUAAAGUCAGCAUCAUCUUUUAGACAAACAAUUGCAAACUGACUUUAUAUUAUACUCUCCACCUAUGUAUUACAUUGGUUUAGAUUUCAUAUUUGAAUCAUCCAUAAUCGUCUCUCAUACUGGACAUUCAUCUCCAGCUUUAGCCAACAACAAACCUACCAUCUUAAUAGACUUUUAAUGAAUCAAUAUGUACCUCAGUUUCCUGAUGCAGAAAGCCCUCUUCUGAUAAUGCACAUUACUUGCUGCUCGGUUGUCAUGCAUCAUCUGCUAUGACAGGAAACACUUGACAAGUAGUGGGCGUAGUAUAACUGUGGCCAACUGAGCCCCAAACGACAAUUUUAUGGUCCAUAGUCGAGUCACUUUGAUCUUUGUCCCGAUGUAGCCGAGCAACCAGGUAUUUUCAAUACAACUGAUUUCAGUGUACUGCAGUUGCUCUCAUCCCUGAACCACCAGUGAACAUUUGCAAUUGGCAGAUGCAGAGGCAGGGGCGGGUGAGAGGACAGAGGGAGGUUCAUGAAGCAGCAGAGAAGAGGAGAGGAGAGGGCGAGGAAGUGUUCGUGAACUACAUUAUUGAAAUGUCAGUUGCUUUGGAUUGAGAUUCUUACGACUGUGACAUUUGAAUUAGGGUUUAACUAAGCAAAGAGAGCAUAACGCUUCUGUAUCGUAUCUAUAGGAAUCUAGAUAGCAAGAUCAGGAUUGAGCAGUUGUGUUUAAACCAAACGCAAAGGAUGCAGAGAAGGCACUCAGCAAGUAUCAUGGGAUGCCAUCAGGACAAUAGACACCGUCCCAAACAGUCGAGCACGAGCGUGGUAGUGGACAUCGCGGUGAUGGGCGAGGCCCACGGUCUGAUCUCAGACCUGCUGGCAGACCCCUCGCUGCCCCCUAACACCUGUAGCUGUCUGAAGGCCGUCAGCAACCUCCUCAGCACCCAGAUCAGCCUGCAGCCGCUCCACCGGCUUCGCAUCCCUGCAGACACACACACCUGCUCUGACUCUGAGGAGGGGCCAGACAAAGCAGAGAGACUGGCCAUUCCAAAGCGUAUAAGACGGAGUCUGCCCCCAGGUUUGCUGAGGAGAAUCUCGUCAACUUGGACCACGACCACCUCAGCUACAGGGCUGCCUACCUUAGAGCCGGGCCCUGUACGCCGAGACCGCUCAGCCAGCAUCAAACACACCACAGACAGUGAAUCAUGGAACAACUCAGUGAUGAUGACCAUCUCAAAGAGUCGCUCCAUGUCUGCCUCCUGUGCUCCCUCUGUCACCUCCAACCACCUCUACAGCAAACCACUGGGAAGUCCAGGUUUCCCCCCCUCCAACGUAUCACCUCUGGGCUCUCCGUGCCCAUCUCCUCCCAACCAGGGCACGCCUGUCUCAAGCCCCACCAUCAAAACAUGUUCAGUGCAGCUUCCUGAGCUGUCUGGGCUCCAGACAGAGCGAACCCCUGGCUCUGUGGCCCACAAGAGCCACCACAGAGCCUUGACUCACAGUCAGAGUGCUCCGAGCUCCACCACCCCUUACUGGCGGCCUCCAUCACUCUGCGGCAGCUGUGGCAGGCCGUUCAACAAUCGACUAAACCACAGGGUAGAAUCUGUCGACAAAGGGGACAGAAUACCCCAUCCAGAUGAGCGUGCCAUAGCUUCUUCGGAUUAUGACAGCACCUACGACAGCACCUAUGAGACCAACCACAGUGACAGCAGUGACUUUGCACAGAAUGAAGAGGAGGGAGAGGGAGGCAAGAAGCUGCCUGAAGCAAGGGAAGGUUGCAGGGAGUAUCUGGCAGAGGGCAUCGUUCUUCACCCACUCCUGCCAUCACCAGAGGACAAACCAACCUUGGCCGCAGAGCCUUUAGCAUUGCCAGCGCUGGAGCCUCUGAUGAGUCAACUCAACAAUUGGAACUUUCCCAUUUUCAGUCUUGUGGAGAAGACUCAUGGCAAGACAGGCUGCAUCCUCAGUCAGGUUUCCUAUAAGCUCUUUGAGGACGCAGGUCUAUUUGAGACCUUCAGAAUUCCUGUACAAGAGUUCAUGAACUACUUCCAUGCUUUGGAGAACGGAUACAGGGUCAUUCCUUAUCACAACCGCAUCCAUGCCACUGACGUGUUACAUGCUGUUUGGUACCUCACCACUCAGCCUGUACCAGGCCUACCCACCCUGCUGACUGAGAAUGGGAUACACACUGUAGACUCAGAGAAUGGCAUUAACGCUGGUGCCACAAGCUUCCUUGUGUCCAAGAUGAACUCUGUGCUGGAGGACGGCUAUGGCUCCCUGGCUAGCCUUAUCCCUGGCCUGGAGCUCAUGGCCCUGUAUGUAGCUGCCGCCAUGCACGAUUAUGACCAUCCUGGAAGAACCAACGCCUUUCUAGUAGCUACUAGUGCACCACAGGCUCUUCUGUACAAUGAUCGUUCAGUCUUGGAAAAUCACCAUGCAGCUUCAGCGUGGAACCUCUUCAUGUCUCGACCUGAGUAUAACUUCCUAGCUAACCUUGAACAUGUGGAGUUCAAGCGCUUCCGCUUCUUAGUCAUUGAAGCCAUUCUGGCCACCGACCUCAAAAAGCACUUUGACUUCCUGGCAGAGUUUAAUGCAAAGGUGGGUGAUGAAGGGGUGACUGGUAUUGAUUGGACCAACGAAAACGACCGAUUGCUGGUGUGCCAGAUGUGCAUCAAGCUGGCUGAUGUUAACGGGCCGCUGAAGUGCAAGGAGCUGCACCUGCAGUGGACAGAGGGGAUUGUCAACGAGUUCUACGAACAAGGUGACGAAGAAGCAAACCUGGGCCUUCCCAUCAGCCCGUUCAUGGACCGCUCCGCUCCGCAGCUCGCUAAACUACAGGAGUCAUUCAUCACUCACAUAGUGGGACCUCUGUGCUCAUCCUAUGACUCUGCUGCUCUUAUGCCGGGACGCUGGGUUGACCCACCUGAGGGAGAGACGGAGCCAGAAGACACGAAGGAGGGACAUGAUACAGAAGAGGAGGAUGUGGCAGAUGAGGACACAUCAACAAGUUCCGAUACCUCCCAGCAAAGAGAAACCAAAAAGGUGAGCAGGGGGAAAGUGUUUUGCCAGAUAACACAGCAUAUUCUGGAAAACCAUGAAAUGUGGAAAAGAGUCAUUGCUGCAGAGGCCAAGGAAGAGGCUGAGAGAGGGGACCCGAACUGCAUCGGCAGCCCCACCGAUCCAAUCACAGCCAUUCAUGAGGAAGAGGAGGAGCAAGCAAGCAAAGAGGAGGAGUUGAUUGACGGCCUUGAUGAAAGGGAAGAGGUGCCGGUUAUAGAGGAAGAAGAAAUCCUUCCGCAAUCAGAGACCUCAGGGGAAAAAGAGGAGGAUCCAGAGUGAUAUUAUGAACUUUGAACUCCUCUUAUAACCAGGGAUCUGAACGUUGUCUAAAAAUGUUUGUUUCUUUCCUAACUAAACUCUUGAUAUGGUAGCCAGCACAUCACGUCGACACAACACUGUAGAAGAUUUUUUGGGUAAUACGUGCCUAACAAAAACUGGGAGGACAGGGAUGAUGCAUGCCCAGUUCAUCUGAUGAGAAGAGUCAGCAGGCAGCAGAGUAGUAGAAGAAGAAGAAAAAGGAAAAAAAGAGAAUGAUUGGGACUGUACUUGUUUUUGCUAUCGUAUUUGUUUUAGUCUGGAUCUGCUGCCCUGCCCUUACCCAGGCUGCCCAUCCUGCACUACAGGCCAACCACGCUGAUUCACAGAUUCACUCCACCAGUGAGUAAUACACUGUCACCCUACCUCCCCCCCCUGUUUUGUUUCUCCUGUGUUAUCAGCACACUAUAGAGCCACCCAGCUGGUUGAGGAUGUGUAGCAAGUCCUUUCUCCUUUAAGACAAUGGGAUGAAAGCCAGGGAAAAAGCUGUGUCCGCUGAGGCUCAGCCGUGUGGAUUUCAGAAGGAGAUGGAAAAAAGGGCCAGUUGUAGUCUAUUGUGUAUACAAACACACACCCACACAAGCUUCACAGACACAUAUACUGUACACAUGCAGCGACUGUAGAAACACAUUUCGUACUCAUAAUAGAUAGGAAGUUUAACAAAGAACCCUGUUGCUCUAACAGCUUUAUUCUCGCUCAAGGAAAAACAUACAAAACAAGUGUUUCUUGAUGUAAAACAAUGUUGGUCCGCAUGUUUUCUCCCUGUCUUUUGUUACUCAAAGUCAGUCCAGCACACCUACACGUUUCCAGGCCACAUAACUCAGGAAGGCAGAAACCCGUAGAGAAAAUGAAACAGAAGAGGACUUGCAGUUUCCUUCUCCUUUUGCUUGCCACUGCUUCAAGAUUUUCUAUCUCUGCUGUUUGCGGCGCUAUUAAUUCACUUAUUUAUUUACAUGUUGACUGAGACAUGCAGUUUCCUUUGCGGAUCACAAAGGAACCACAAGAGAAAGAGGAUUAUUGAUCACAUUAUACUGUAUAUUAUACUAUGCCCCAACACAGCAGACCAUACUGUUAAUCAUGUUUAAAACUAACUUACAAGACUCAACACAGCUAAUAAUAUGGAAUGUUGUUUUUCUAAGAAAAUAGAAUUUGUGUCCACAUUUUAUGUCACUUCCCAACGUGUGCUUUCUUACUUUUACAGUAACGACAAGAAUUCUUCCUUCUUUGCAAUAUAAUUUUGGUAUGUAGGUCAAAUGUUUCAGAAAGUAAAGUAAUCCCGUAAACCAUAGUGGCCCAGGCCAGAGCUGACUCACACCUCCAAAUCACCCAAGAGGAUUUACAUCAAUAAGGCAUAAAAGAAAACGCUACCCUGUGGAGCCUACUGCCAUCCAGGGGGGCGCUGUGUACUCUCAAGGAACUAUCUGCAGGUCUCCAUCAGAUCCAAAGCAUUCAUUUGUUGUAAUCUCAAUUGCUGUUGUCUGUAAUCAGGGUUUUCUUUUCCUACACUGAGGAAAUCAAAGACAGCAGAUAUAAAAGCCAGAAUGAGAGAUGCACGGAUUUUACUUGCAGAUAAGGAGAGAAAUGUGCUUUGACACAAGCUGUCAUUGAAGAUGACGUCUGCAUUUUGCGUGGUUUCUUUUUAAGCCAAAGUACAAUAGCGUAAGAGGAUCAUAGGUCAGCAGACCUCUGUUUUGUUUUUUUCCUUUCAUUUUGUAGUCCUUAGUACUCAUGACGAAGCCUAUGGGUUAACACGUUGUGUCUGUGCUCUCCUUUGAUGUCCUCAGAUUCAGAUUGGUGGUGAUGGAGGGAAGUGUGAACAAGGAGAACAGCCACAGUAAUGAGACUUAGUAAUGAAAGAGGAAGGAGGAGAGGGAGAAGCCUUUUAGCUUGAAUUGUAGCUGCUUAUGAAGGGUUGGGGGGGGGGUCUUAGAUCUUUUUCGCGUUUCAGUAAAUUCCUCGAGAUGUAACUCUUUGAAGAUGAGCCAGUUCGGUCGGAUUCAAAAUCAUGUGAUGAUAUAUACUGUACAUCUACAAGUCUGCAAAAUGUGUUACAGGGAUAUGCGAUCCGAUGCGAUUUGAUCUGACGUUGGAAAAGCAACAGGGGAACUCUGGGGAUUCAGAUCCAGAGAUUUAAGAAUACUUUGUGUCUUCACUUACUGAUCUGUAGCAGGUACUUUGUUUCAAAAUUGCAGCGUGAAUAAGGGCACAUUUUAAUUCAGUUGAAAGACUUUCUUGGAUUUUGACAGCUUUUCUUUGGAGCAGCUUAGGGAGUGUGUGGUUAUAUCUGCAGUGGCACUAGUUGUCAGAAGCUUUUAAGUAGCAUUGAUCUGUACAUUUAGUUUCAGCUUUGUAGCACGUAGGUUAUUUGCAACAUUGCAGUUGUAAAUCCCUUAACGAUUAGCUGAGGUGCUCAGGAGACGACGCAAAAUGCCAGGAAGUAUUGGUAUUUCUUACGUCUCCGUAAACAUUCGGAAACAAAAUAGCAAACGGACAAUUUGAAGCCAUGUAAGUUGCUGGUGGCUGGUGAGUUGCUGGGCGAGGGCUGACAACUGAUCACUACCUGAGAUGAUGAAACUUAAAAAUUGAAACAGCAACCACAGCAUAAGAUAGAAAUACAAAUAUCCGCCAAGGAUACGAUAUACUUGCAAAUGCAACCAGUCCAUUAAACAUUAUUCAAAUACACUCGCUAAAAACCGACAAAGCAAUCAAUUUAACAGGCUUGUUUACAGACACUAAGUUGUUACUGGCUGAACUUGCCCUACUGUGACCCAAUUUCUUAACUCAAUUAGAGUUAAGCUAACGUUAAUACUGUCUAAAUCCACAGCUGUAUCCAUUGCACUGUUAUCAAAACGUCCAUUGUGCAAUGAUGGGCUAAACUGCAACAUAAUGCCAUUGACUGCUUAUUCACUGUACUUACAAAAGGGUGCAGUGGUUGAGCUUGUUUUUACUGCUACAAACAAGAAAGCCUGUGCUAACCAAAGCCUGAGCUUAUUGUUUGUGUAGUUGAGAGGAAAGGCAAGUUAGCACCUUUCAAUAAGGCAAUUCAAAGUGCUUCACGUAAGACAUGGAAGACAUUAAGAAAAGAGACACAAGGCGAUAUAAAAAAAACAUUUAAAUAGGAAUUAAAUUGUGAAAUAGAAUUAAAGUUCUUAAGCCCUGAUUUAUAAGAACAAAGAGUUGGAAAACUGGUUUUCUGGUUUUCAAACAAGAGUUUGUUCCAGAUAUGCGAUGCAGAAAAAGCUGCUUCUUUGUAUUUAGUUUUGACUUUGGCGACAGUAAGCAGACCUGUCCCAGAUGAUCUGAGACAUCUGGACGGUCCACAAAGGAGCAGCAGGCAGCAGAUCAGAAAUGUAUUUUGACCCUAAACCAUUCAGUGCUUUACAAACCAACGGUAGUAUUUUAAAGUAAAUUAUUUGACGGACAGGAACCCAGUGCAAAGAUCUGAUAACUGUACCGGUCUCUUGUGGUCUUAAUGAGGACUCGGUGUUCUGAACCAGCUGCAGCUUGUUUGAUCAACUUUUAGAGAGAGCCUACUGAAGAUAAACGAAUGGAGAUGUUUUUCUAAAUCCUGCUGCGACACAAGUAUUUUAACUUUUGAUUGAUUCUUAAGGUGAUAGUUUGCUGAUUUAGUAUUUGUCAUAAUGUGGCUCUCAAAAUUUAAGUCUGAAUCCAUGACUACACCAAGAUUUCUGGCUUUAUUUGUGGUCUAAAAGAUUUUACAAACUGUAAGUGAAUUUAUUAAAAGGCAAUUGUACCUCCAGUGUUGAAGUGAAUUUGACCUGAACCUCAGACAAAAAGAAAGUCCAUAAUGUUGCUUGGCACCUGAAUGACCUGCCAACACAAAGUGCAGCAGUGUAUUUGUAGCUUAUGCAGCAAGAUGCAGUUGGAUUUAUCCAAGUCCCCACCUGGACACAAUGUCUUCCAAUAGCCUUGCAUUGGCUUGUCACUAUAAGUCUACCUGUAGCAGUAGAAAUGAUCUGGAAACACCAGCUGAUACUCGACUGAUCGACACAUCUGUGGGUCAUGUGAGGCAUCGACUGGAGUCUUUUACUCGAGCAUUUUUUGAAGCUAUGUACAGCAACAUAGUUUUUAAUCUUCAGUCAUUCUUAAACUAACCAAUACUGUAAAAAGCUCUGCAAGCAUCCUGCCUCCUGUAAACAGGCACAUGAGCCCACAUGAAGGGGCUUGUGCUCCUGCACUGUAAAUACCUAAUGCACCAUACAGUAUAUUGAUGCUUCACUUGCAGUCUAAUGUGCAUACUCUUGCUAUGAAUUUUUUUCUUAUAUCUUACAUCUUGUAUCAUCCCAUGCUCCACCUAUAUGUUUGGGAAUUUGUAGACUUCCUUUCACUCCUUUCACUUUAUUUAUGCUUGAACUCCAUGUGAUCAGAGAAUUCAAAGCUCACUAGGGUUCCAGUUAGUCACAAUGGAUGCCUCCCACCUCUGAUCCUCCCCCUUUCAGCCCUGCCUCACUUACUGUGUUCACUACAGUGCAGUAAUCAAAGAGACUUAAUCAAAGCUGUGGUAGAAUUUGGGGGUUGCUAUAUUUUUCAUUGAUAAUCCAAAGCUGUGUGUAGCCAUUUGGGUUUUUUUAAAUGGGGAAACAAGGGAGUGGCCUACUGGUUGUCUCCUUCAACCUUCUAAGAACAGGUUUCAGUUGUUUUUGCAAUGAAAUGAAAGGACUAUAUCAGUGUUUUUGCCGGUCUUUGCCAGAAAUGUAUACUUAACAUAUUUUGAUUUUCUAAAUGUUUUGUUCCCAGGCCAAGCCAUUGUUUUUCAUUUAUUUCUCUACAGUGUAAAGUCCUUAAGCACAGUCCAUAACGGUGAACAUUUGUUUGAAUUGAUGUGCUUGAUUAGGCAGUUUAAUUUCAAAAGUCUGCACCGCAUUACUUCAGAACAACAAUGCAACUUGCAAAAAGUAAUGCAGACUUGAUCUUCGUUGGAACAGUUGAUCAAAUAAUCUAAAUUUGAACAAAUGUUGACAAAUUGAAACACAGCAGCAUUGUUUGCAAAAUGGUCACUUGUAAUGUCAAGUUUAAGGGAUUUAGUAAAAGGGCCUAAAACAUGGUCUCAGUUUGAAGUAACUUAUCAGCAGUCUGAAAAGCAGUGUUUCACUGCGACCACACACAGCAUCAGUGGUAUGGGAUUGUCUUUGUUGAACCUGUAACCACACACCCAGCAGUGAUGCCACUGUGUACUCACACACCCUCGAGUGAGGGUGUGUGAGUACAUCACUGCAGCAAGGUGAAAAGUUAAACCACUGGAGGUCAGCAACAACAAGACUUUCAGAGGGUGUUGCUCUUCAAUUUCAUUUGACUAAUAUCAACUUCCUGCUGGCUCUCAAAAUUGGUGUGUCCUUCAUCUUUGUGUAAAAACUGGGCCAGAAAACAACAAACGUACAGGGUCUACAACAAAAUCAUGUUAGUUUCUAAAAGCCAAUGUCAGUGGUUUAUUUGAAAUGACUAUGAGAAGAAGGGGAUUGCUGCACACUGGAUUAACUUGUGCAAACCAAAGAAACUUUUUAAACUGUGUUUUUUUUGUGAUUUGCACAAAAUGAGCCCUCAAAGGAGCAUUUGUUUUGCAUCUUCUUAUUUGUCAGUUUUAUCCAAAACAUGGGGAGGACGUUUGGAUAUGCAUAUAUUUUUUAACAGUUUUCAUGUGAAGACAGGGCAGAUUAAAGCAACAUAAUAACCAUUUAGUCAAUAACAGACCAGAGCUAUCCUUGCUGUCUGUUGUUAUUUCACUAGGCAGCAGUAGCACUUCAGUGCAACUGAUGCACUGUUCUGACUAAAGCCCUUGUAGUUUCUUUUGAUGGUUUAUACCAAAAACAUUCCUUUUUUUCUAUUGUUUGAUGUUUCACUGGUUUAAAAACGGGGCUAUGCUCCUGUGCCAUACCAUUUUCACAUGUAUGGAUGUAUGUCUACAUUGCUUGAAUGCUACAUUCAUCAGCUUUCCUUGUCUGUCACAAGGGAAACCAAAACAAACUUUUUUUCAUACCUUGAAAGCAAGAAAAUCAAGACUAGUAUGUUUUUAUUUUCAAUGGCAGGCACUUCACAGAUUCAAUUCUUUUCUUCUCUCCAGUAUCUUGCACUUAACACAUGUAGCAAUACCUACAGGAUGGGGAAAUUGUGUGAUUCACCAGUAUUUGUUUAAGUGGAAUAUGACAUUUUAUUUCUAGAUAUUGUUUGACUUUGUAUAAAAAUAUAUACUGUACAGAUUCUAAAGUAUAUUAUAACAAAAAACUUUUAGAAAAAUAUUUAUUUUUACUGUUUUGUAAUUUAGACACAAUACUGUAGCUCCUCUAUUGCCAGACUUACUGGAAGUGCCUCUCGAUAAUGUAUUACAAAGUAACUAUACAAUAUAUUGGGAUUAUUAGAACCUGUCACUAGCAGAGCAGUGUUGAUGUUGUAAUGUGAAUAUUGUUGAAUAAUAAGAUUUAUAAAUGCUG